CCCCGGAGUCAGUGGGUACAGGUGGGUGGAUGGAUGGAUCAGUUAAAAUUGGUCCUUAUGGCUCUGCGCGCUUUCACUGACUGCUUGAGGGCAUGGCUCCGGCCAUACAUGCUUCCUGUGGUUGCUGGUGACUCCCACCCUCUCAGUGUUUGUUCUUAAGAAGAUUUUGAGCAUUGUUUCGAGGCAUCAUCAUGUGGCCUUUUCUGUCUAGCAAGAAGAAUGGGCCUCCAACAAUGCUAAGACUAUCAUGGGUAGUAUCAGGUUCCACUAUUUCUGUUAUGGAUGCCUUUUUUCUUCAUUACUUUGGACCUUUCUCUUGUUCAUCUAUUUCAAUCUAAAUUGGGAAAAAUAUACUUUCAGUAAUGUGCCCUUCCAGGGGAAUCCAGGAGUAGUGCAGAAAUUUCACCCUCCAGUAAUAAACAGUCAUAAAUGGCUUCCUGAAUUUCAGCAACACAGUACUCAGUUUAUAAAACCUGUUAAUAAAGAAUUGAAGAAAAUUGAGCUGUCUCCUGAGUUGGGAAGGAUUUUCAAUGAAGCUGAUCAGAAGAUUCGGGAUAUGGGAUACCAGAAACAUGCUUUCAACAUGCUCAUCAGUAAUCGUUUGGGUUAUCAUCGGGAUAUUCCUGAUACCAGAGACCCAAAAUGUAAAGAAAAGAGCUACCCUGUCAAUUUACCAUCUGCUAGUGUUAUUAUCUGCUUUUAUAAUGAAGCAUUAUCAGCACUGCUUCGGACAGUUCACAGUAUCCUGGAUCGCACGCCUGCAUACUUAUUACAUGAAAUUAUCCUGGUGGAUGAUAGGAGUGAUUUCAUUGAAUUAAAAGACAAACUAGAGAAGUACAUUGACAACAACCAACUUAAGAAAGUGAAGCUAAUAAGGAAUGUAAUGCGAGAAGGACUAAUACGUGGCAGAAUAGUUGGGUCAUCUCAUGCAACAGGUGAUGUACUGGUGUUCAUCGAUAGUCAUUGUGAAGUGAAUGAAAUGUGGCUGCAGCCUCUCCUGAUGCCAAUUAAGGAAAAUUACCACACUGUAGUCUGUCCACUGAUUGAUAUCAUCAAUGCUGACACACUAAUCUACAGUUCUUCACCAAUAGUGAAAGGAGGAUUUAAUUGGGGGCUGCACUUCAAGUGGGAUCCUGUGCCUGUGUCACUACUGAAUGGACCAGAAGGAGCAACUGAACCAUUCAAAUCACCUACAAUGGCAGGAGGAUUGUUUGCCAUGAACCGGGAUUACUUCAAUAAACUUGGGCAGUAUGACAGUGGCAUGGACAUAUGGGGAGGAGAAAAUCUGGAAAUUUCUUUCAGGAUUUGGAUGUGUGGUGGCCAGCUGAAAAUAGUUCCAUGUUCUCGUGUUGGGCAUAUAUUCCGCAAAUGGCGACCAUAUGGUUCACCAGGAGGUGUGGAUACCAUGGCAUACAAUUCUCUGCGUCUUUCCCAUGUCUGGAUGGAUGAAUAUAAGGAACAAUACUUAUCCUUAAGACCUGACCUGAGGAAACAAAGUUAUGGUGACAUUAGUGAGCGUUUGGAACUGAGAAAGAAACUGAACUGUACCUCUUUCAAGUGGUAUCUGGACAAUGUAUAUCCAGAGAUGAAAGCUAAUGGACUAAAUGAAAAAGCCAGAAUACAACAGCCACUCUUUAUUAACAAAAGUCCCAAACGGUCUAAAAUACUACAGCGGGGAAGGCUGUACAAUUUACAGACGAGCAAAUGCCUGGUUGCCCAAAAAUAUCCUGAUCAAAAAGGAGGCAUAGUGGUUGUUAAAGAAUGUGAUUGGACAGAUUCAAAUCAGAUUUGGAUAUACAAUGAAGAACAUGACCUGAUUCUGGCCAACCUGCUUUGUUUGGAUAUGUCUGAGACCCAUUUGUCAGACUCUCCUCGUCUUAUGAAAUGCCAUGGUAGUGGAGGGUCACAACAUUGGACUCUGGGGGCAAACAAUUCUUUGUAUCAGAUAUCAGCUGGACAAUGCCUGAAAGUGAUUGAUCCGGAUAGUCAUAAAGGAUAUGUCGCCAUGGCAAUUUGUGAUGGUUCAAGAUCACAGCAGUGGAAACUAGACAACUGACGUGAGCAACAUUUUGAAUACUCACACAGGGAGCAAUUUAAAUGACCUGAGACUGACUUCCAAGAUGAUCGACAUAGAAAGGAUGACAAUUAAUGUUUGAGUAGAAAUGCUGGAUGUUGGUAGACUGUCCACUUUUAACUCAGUGAAUAAUUAUUUUAUCAAAGUGUUUUGUCAGUUUUCUCCCCUAGACUUUUUUUAUAAUGAGUGAGAUUGAAAAUUUUAAUUUUGUAAAAUAUUUAAUCAGUUAUUUAUGUUUUUAAUUGUCUAAAAAAGGGUCCAAUUUGUUCAGCUGGUAUGGUAAUAUAGAGGCAUAUCUUGUUCCAGUACUUCAAAGUAAAUUUCCCCCAGUGACUUGGACUGUAUCUGUACUGUUCAAUGUGGUUAAGUCCUGUAGACUAGGUACUAGGCUUGAUGUACCUAGUUUCUUUCCCCUGGGCUCGAGAUGAGGAAACAGCCCAGGUGCCUGCUUCACUGAUUCCUAACCAGUGUGCUUGGAUUUCACAAUGACGGAACCACAAUUGAAAUAGUCUGCUAGAACCCAUCAACUGAAAGAAUGCCUGCCUUUUGUGAGAGGUAUCACGGAGUGGCUGCAGUCCUACAACUGUACCAAAGCUUACUUGAUGCUUUACCCAUUUUUCUUCCAAGUUUAAAACUCAGCAAAAUUAAGUAAGUUUUAAAGAAAUCACUAAUUCAAAUGUACAAAAAAAUCCUUUUUCUCUAAAUUGUCUGUUUGGGUCUGAUGAUAUUUUGAAUCUUUGAUUUAUUAUUUGUUCUGGUAUUAUGUGGUACAACAGACCAUAUUGAAGAGGGGAGCAAUAUUAUUUUGGGUUGAGUGUACAACCUUGAAUUUGUAAUGAGUUUUUGUGACAAGCCUACAAAAUCUUCCUGUUCGUUUUAACGCUGAAUUAGAUGUAUAUCAAAAUGUUUACUUUUUGGAGUGACAGUGGUAAUAAUCACUGGACUAGUAAUCAAGAGCCCUGGGUCAGUGUGCUGGAGCUACGGGUUUUAAUCUCACCAUUGCUUUCUCACCAUUGAACCCCAUCUGAUUCACUAAUUGUAAAAACAUGUGGAAUUCCGCUGACUCUAUAGUAACUAUGUAACUAGUGUUAAUUGCGAAAAAAACCCCAUCUAAUUCACUAAAGUCUGUUUUCACAGGAAGAAAAUCUUUCAUCCUUAUCCAGGUUGGCCUAAAUGUGACUCCAGACCCACAUCAUUGUGGUUGUCUUAACUGCCCACUGAAAUAGUCCCUGCAAGCUACUCCGAUCAAGGACUAAUGAGGGAAGGACAGUAAAUGCUGGCCCAACCCAGUGACAUGCACACUCUUAUGAAUUUAAAAAAAAAAAAAAGUUGUGUUAGAUAGUAAUAAUAAUAGCUUGGUCACCAUUACAUUGUUUAAAAGUAGUGUCUGCUUCAAGUGUAUGAAAGUUAUACUUUUAACUUUCCCUGAUUCUAAGAAUGAGGGGAGAGAAAGGAAUACUGCAUAUGUGGAAAACCUCAUUCAGAUGAUGUUUCAUCAUAGAAUCGCUACAGUGUGAAAAUAGGCAAUUCCGCCCGAGUUCACCCAGACCCCCAAACUAACUAUCCACAAAACUCUACAUUUCCCAUGGCUCGUCCACCUAACCUGCAUGUCCCUGGACACUACAGGCAAUUUAGCAUGGCCAAUCAAGCUAACCUAUACAUCUCUGGACUGUGGGAGGAAACCGGAGCACCCAGAGGAAACCCAGGCAGACACUGGGACAAUGCACAAACUCCACACGGUCACCCACAGGUGGGAUUGAACUUGGGUCCCUGGCACUGUGAGGCAGCGGUGCUAGCCACUGUGCCGCUCCAUCUUUCUAACGUUACUGUCCUGUCAACUUCUCAUAAUUCAGCAAGAGGUUUUCUUCUGUUUCAUUUAACUCUCGCUUGGUAACUGCAGGAGGAUUUUCUUCUCCUCACUGUGCAAUAAUGGCAAAAACAGGAGGAUUUCCUCAGGAAAUCUUUUCUAACCAAAGUGUAAACCUGUUCUGCUUGUGAUUUCACUAGAAAACUUAAGAAAUCUUGCUGCUGAAAUGCCACUAAUUUAAUGAUCACAUAUCCCUUAAAAGUUGGUCCAGACUUUAGAACGGUUUCAUUUACAAGCCUUUCUUGAAUUUUCUGAUCCAGUGAUGUGCUAGUCACAGGGAUACAGCAGUAUAAUAAUUGCUACUGGACUAGUAAUCAGAGGCUAAUAGUUCAAGGAACGGGAGUUGAAAUGAGCCAAGAAGUUGAAGCUUUCUGUCUUACAUUCAUCAGAAUUAGGAUACAAGAAGCAGAUUUAAACAAAAGAACACCAUUUUAUACACGAGAAGAAGAUGCUGAUUGGUUGGGCUGUCACCAAAUAUAUUAAUCUAUAUUCGGUAUUAGUGACUUCAGUCUGCUCUUUACCAACCAUCAUUGCUCCAUUUCAAAAAUUAUGCAUUAACUAACAUGAUUUCCAAUAUCAGAAUCACAUUUUAAUGGUGGAUAUACUUUUCUGAUGCUUGCAAUCAUUGGCUGGUUGGCACAAUUCUGCUAUUUGUGCUUGAAGCUACAUAUAUAAAAUGGGGUUCUGUGUAUUUAUACAAGUAAAAGGAAUCUCAUACAUUGGCUGUCUUCAAAACCCUUUAGUUUAGAAAAAGGUGCAGUUGCUGCUGCAACCCCAUGGCAACACACUAUCCAAUCACAGUUUAUCUGCCUGACCUGAGAAUUAACAGACAGUUUUAUGUUCUUGCUGCAUCUCCAAAUUAAUGAUGGCCCAACUAAUCAGCAUCCUCUUUUCAUGUGCUGUAUAAAGUGAUGUUCCUUUAAGUCUGUUUCUUUCAAUCUUAUUCUGAUCAAUGUAGGACAAAAAGCUUUGACUUCUUGUUUCCUUUUAGCAGUUGUUCUUUCUGGAAAUUUGAAAACCUGUUUUAACAAUUCUGGAAAUUAACAAAAAAACACAGUAAAUGUGACCAUAAAGCUAUUGAAUUGUUGUUAUUUAAAAUAAAAUGGUUGACAAUUUUCCUUAUGAAAGGAAACUCCAGUUCCAACUGUGCUGUGAAGUAGCCUACCAACUGACAAUUAUACUAAAUGGGUCUUAAUAUCCAUUUUGACUUAAAAAAAUCAAGUUAAACUAUUCUUUUGCCAGGUUUAUUCCAAACUAAUUUAGUGAGUUUUCAAUUUGACUUGCAAUUUCUGACCAAAUUCUUUUGCUUAGACCAGCAAUUGAAAUAAAUGUCAAAUAGACCAGAAAAUAUCAAAUUGGAUUGAUAUUUUCAAUCUAUUUAUUUACUUGAAGAUUUAUGUAAAAAUCAGUAGAAAGUGAGAAUGUAUCUGUCCUGUAAGUAAUUGCUGUCUGGGUUUUUAAAAGCGUAAUUUUUGAAAUGGAGUAAUGAUGGUUGGUAUAGAGCAGGUUAAAGUCACUAAUAUUGAAUAUAGAUUCAACCAGUAUAUUGUUCUACACUGUACACUUCAGUCCAUGAACGUGAGCACUUAAGUAGAAAACCUAGGUUAUUAGUCACAUAUUUGGGAAUUUGGAAAAAUAAAUCUUUUGUACUCUGAAGCAACUUCAGCCAAGUGUUUAGCAAAGUUUUAUAAACAAAUUUACUGACAUUCUUCCUCCUUAAGCUACAUUCCCAGUUGAUUAACAGUCACUUUGAGUAGAGAC